ACUAUGUGCUAUAUUAGGUGCUGGGACAAAAAAGAGGAAAUAGCAACUGAAACAGUAGUGCAAGGUGUGUGGACACUUUAGAGUGAACAUAAGGCCACACACAGUGUGUCUUUGAUUGUGGACGUUACAUAUUAAACAUGCUGGUGUGUCUUUAUUUUUUCCUUUUGCUCAACAUCACUAUAGGCUGCAGGCUGGAAGGAAACCAUAUACGAAAACUCAUCACUGCAUACACAGGAGACUCAGUACUGCUGCCCUGCUCCUGCACUGACCUCCACACCACACCUGGGACAUUCACAUGGAGGAAACUCAGAAAUGAAAAUGAAUGGGUAGAGAUAUCUCCCAAGCUUGAUUGGUACAAAGACAGAUUCCAGUUUGUUAAUGAUCACUCUUCAGGAAAUCUCUCUCUGCUCAUAUCACACCUGACUGUAGAGGACGGAGGGGAUUACAUGUGUAGACUUAAGAGUGAAUACAGAAACUUCAGGCUCACUGUUGAAGGUUGCCUGUGGAAUGAAAAGAGAAUGACUGUGUUUGGAAACAUCGGAGAGUCUGCCCUUCUGCCCUGCUCCUGCUUUCAAUUACAAACCAAACCACACACUUUCAGGUGGAUCUUUUUAAAGGGAUCUGAUAAGACAGAAAUCUCCCCAAAGGACCAGACAAAUCUCUACACAGACAGAGUUCAACUCUUUAAUGAUCAUCAUCCAGGAAAUCUCUCUCUACUGAUAUCACACCUGACUGGAGAGGAUGAAGGAAGGUACAGGUGUGAGAUCAGCAAGAAUGACGUUAAAUACGUCUCACUUUCAGUGAAAGGUGUCACACCUGAACCCCGAAGCUCAUGUGGAAAAGAUCCUCUUCCCUUUGUCGCUGUGGUGAUUGUGAUCUUUCUGCACUUCAUCGUAGCUGUGGUCUAUUAAAGAACCAUAAAGAAAGGCCCUGCUUGAGCUUAUUGCAGCAGAAAUGAUGGAAAUAGAACUGAUAGACUACAGUACAGAAAAAUGUCGACAAAAGACAGAGACGUUUAACAGCAGCAACAUUCUACUGUACCCACCUGACAAUGACAUUUUUACUGAUUAUCUUGCUUUCGUCUUUUAGCUUCAGUGUUUGCUCAAUUCUCUCAGUAUUACAUAUUUUGCCAAUAUGCGUAAUAUGUAACAUGUUGUCUGUCACUCUCACGCUGUUCUGUUCUAUUAUUGACAGUUAUACAGUUGUCAAUUGUCAUAAAUAGUUGUCAUAAAUACAGUUGCACAUCAAAGGUUGCACUUAAUUUCACUUAUUAGUAUUAUGCAAUUAUGCUUUUUAUUAUAAUGUUUUUAUAUAAAUAUAUAGGCUAUUAUUACAGAUUUUUUAUAUUCUUUAUAUAAAUUUUGUAGAUUUUAGCAUUGCACUAACUUUGGUCAGCUCUCACAUUUAGCCAUUAUCUACUGACUAUAUGUAAGAUAUAAAGUGAGCAAUUACAUCUCCAAACUUGUCUUAGUGUUAUUGACUUCAUUGAUGCUGGAUGUCUGGAAUUUCAAUAUAGUAUCUAUCUAUCUCUCUGUCUCUCUCUCUCUCUCCAUCUAUCUGACCUUAUAAUACACCUUAGUGCUUUGUCUACUUGACAACUAUUGGAAUGUUAAAAAUGAGGAAACAAGUUGUUGCCUGAUUUCUGUUUUGAAAUCACAAGCUGUUCCCAACUAGCUU